ACCUCACUGCUGCAGUGGGUUCUCUGUCUCUGCUCUCACUGCAGAUUAUGGAGGGACUGGUUGAUUGAUUAUCAGAGUAACUUUACCAACGCUACCUCUGCUAGCUUCUUUCUUGGGUGAGGAGACAGAGAACACAGGGAGAGGACAGGACAGGCGAGAAAGAGAAGAGAGGAGUGAAGAAGCAGGGGAGAGUAUCAAAAUAAGGGGUGAGGACUAUCAAAAUAAGGGGUGAGGACUACCUGAGGAGAGUGGGACGACCAGACUUCUGAGUGGACUGAUACAGGGAAAGAGGUAGAGAGGGAGGGUGUUGCCCCGCUGGUGGGAUAGUUACAAUGGCAUCGCCUCUAGUGAUGUACCACGGGGCGAUCAGUAAACUGGAUUGUGAGGACCUGCUGGGGAAGAAGGGGAAGGAUGGAGCCUACCUCAUCAGAGAUAGCGAAACCAUCCAAGGAGCCAUGUGUCUGUGUGUCUAUAAACAGAAGGUGGUGUAUACCUACAGAAUCCUCCAGACCCACACUGGAAACUACACCUUGCAGACAUCGUCUGGUGUAGAGGAGAAAUUCUUUAAGACAUUAGAGGAGCUGAUCCGCCAUUAUAAGCGUCGAGGGCAGGGAUUGGCUCAGCAUCUGCGUCACUCAAUCAAGAGGAAGACACUGCUACAACUCCCCGCCCCCAAUGUCAUCGACGAGGUGUCUGAUUAUGAGAAUGUGGAUGCAUCAGACUACGUUGUUGUCCUGCCCUCUUGAUUCAGCAGCACACCCCUGAACCCUGACCCCUGGCCUACAUCAUCUAUGAGCCUGUAAAUAUAUUGGUGUGGUGCCUUCAGGCAGGUUGUGUUUACUGAUCCUGAUGCCAGGGGCGGACUGGCCAUCUGGCAUUUCGGGCAAAUGCCAGAUGUGCUAGUCCAAUUUAGCUAAAUGAUCAUUAUCUGGCUAAUAAUGGGGGCCUCAAGGGAAAAAAUUGACUGGUGUGUUAGAAAUGCCAGUCCGCCCCUGCCUAAUGCAAUGUGUUGUGUGCUGUUCUGUGUGCCAGAGCUGCUGAGAUUAUCAGAGAGAAUAGUGUUUGUCUGUUUGUUGAAGUGGAAGUUAAAAUCAAGUUUUAUUUGUCACAUGCGCCGAAUACAACGGG